AAGACACAAAUUGGAAACGCUGUCAUUAAGUUUGUCUCCUUCUACUCUCCGUAGAUCACCGACAUAUUGUUUGUGAGGAGCAAAAUCGAGUGUUAAGAUUACAGCGUUGAUAAAACCAGUCAUCAAAGCGUAUAUAACUCAAGAAAGAACCAUGGAGCCUUCAGGAAGUCCUGCGAAGGAUAAUUUCAGGAUGAACCGCUACAAGAACAAAGCACUUAACCUGGAGGAGAUGCGUCGGAGAAGAGAGGAGGAAGGCAUUCAGCUGAGGAAACAGAAACGAGAGCAACAGCUGUUUAAGAGAAGAAAUGUGGAGCUGCUGGGUGAAGAAGGGGGAAUGUUUGACAGUCCUCUCAUGGAUUCCUACGUCUCCUCCACCACAGCCCCAGAUGGAGUAAUUACAAGAGACAUGGUUGAAAUGCUCUUCUCAGAAGACCCGGAACUACAGCUGGUCACGACACAGAGGUUCAGAAAAUUACUUUCCAAAGAACCAAAUCCACCUAUUGAUGAAGUGAUAAGCACACCAGGAGUUGUUAAUAGGUUUGUUGAGUUCCUUCAGAAGAGUACAAAUUGCACAUUACAGUUCGAGGCCGCCUGGGCACUGACCAACAUUGCAUCUGGAACAUCUCAGCAGACAAAGUUUGUGAUCGAGGCUGGUGCCGUGCCUGUCUUUAUUGAGCUUCUCAACUCAGAUUUUGAAGAUGUUCAAGAGCAGGCUGUUUGGGCUUUAGGGAACAUUGCGGGAGACAGUGCUGUGUGCAGAGAUUAUGUGCUAAACUGUAAUAUCCUCCCACCUCUACUAGUGCUGCUGACCAAAUCAACUCGACUAACAAUGACUAGGAAUGCUGUGUGGGCCUUGUCCAACCUGUGCAGAGGCAAAAGUCCACCCCCCGACUUUGAGAAGGUGUCUCCAUGCCUGCCUGUUCUGUCCCGUCUUUUGUUCAGCAGUGAUUCAGACCUGCUGGCUGAUGCCUGUUGGGCUCUCUCCUAUCUCUCUGAUGGGCCCAAUGAGAAGAUCCAGGCAGUAAUUGAUUCAGGGGUCUGCCGGAGGCUUGUAGAGCUUCUCAUGCACUCUGAUUACAAGGUGGCUUCUCCUUCUCUGAGGGCUGUUGGAAACAUUGUUACAGGAGAUGACAUUCAGACCCAGGUGGUGUUGAACUGCUCCGCUCUGCCGUGCCUCCUGCACCUGCUUAGUAGCGCCAAGGAAUCCAUCAGGAAGGAGGCCUGCUGGACCAUCUCCAACAUCACAGCAGGCAACAGAGCACAGAUUCAGGCCGUAAUAGAUGCAAACAUCUUUCCGGUAUUGAUAGAAAUCCUGCAGAAGGCAGAAUUCCGCACCAGGAAGGAAGCAGCGUGGGCGAUCACUAAUGCCACGUCAGGUGGCACGCCCGAGCAGAUCAGGUAUCUGGUGAAUUUGGGCUGCAUUAAACCUCUCUGUGAUCUGUUGACUGUGAUGGACUCUAAGAUCGUGCUGGUGGCUUUGAACGGUCUGGAGAAUAUUCUAAGACUAGGCGAGCAGGAGGCCAAACAGAACGGCAGUGGACUCAACCCUUACUGUAGUCUCAUAGAGGAAGCCUACGGUUUGGACAAAAUCGAGUUCCUUCAGAGUCACGAAAAUCAGGAGAUCUAUCAGAAAGCCUUUGACCUCAUCGAGCAUUACUUUGGAGUGGAGGAGGAGGAUGCUAAUCUGGUUCCACAGGUGGACGAGAAUCAGCAGCAGUUCCUUUUCCCCCAGCAGGAGGCCCCGAUGGAAGGCUUCCAGCUAUAACCAGCCUUCUGACUCUUUCCGGCCGCCCACUGACCUUUACACCCUUCCCUGCACCCCAUACCCGGUACUAAAAACAUGCAUCGGAAACACUCAGAGCGCAGACACGGACAUCUGGGUGAACUAAAUUAAUCGACCCCUGACCCAGACUGAUUCAUGUAGUUCUGUUUAAUACAGGGGAAACAUAUCCACUAUCCCGUCACACCCAAGAGAAAGCUCAAUUUUAGUUUCCUUCAUUGUUUUUUUUCCCCGUCUCAAUGAUGCAGCUAAAUAAUCAUCCCCUCAGGUAGAAAUCGUGACGCUGUGUCAUUUUUUUUUUCUUCUAAUAAGGAGAGGUUUGCUUGAGUUUUCACUGAAAGAUGAGAGAAUUGUUUGCUCAUCUAUUCACAAUCAGAAAAUUCCAGACUUUCAUCGGAUGUUGCGUCAUAGGAUUACUUGCUUUUUCUUCAUUAUUCAUGAUAUAUUCAUUAAAUAAGGUGUUUGAUAAGGCCAUGCUUCAUAGGAAAAACAUCAGCAGAUAAAAGGGUUAUUUCAAGCCAAACUGAAAAAUCUGUCAUUUACUUCUGCUCCUUAUUCACUUUUGUAUAACAAAUGAAGUAUUUAAUGGAAUCUGACAGAUUUUUGAGUGUGUAUUCUUCCAGGAUGCUUCAAAACCUUCAUAAAGUGGUUCAUAAACCAAAUCGAUAUGUAUAAACUUAGUCUUCUGAAGAGAUUUAAAGGGAUAGUUCACUCAAAAAUGACAAUGCAGUCAUCAUUUACUCGCACUCGAGUCAAACUAUUAGAGGAGUUUCUUUCUUUUGUUAAACAUUAAGGAUAUUUUAAAGAGCACUGUAAACCUGUAACCAUUGACUUCCAUAGUAUUUGUUUUUCCUACUAUGGAAUAGUAGUAAAGGUGAUCAACUUUCUUCAAAAUGAUCUUCUUUUACAUUCAACAGAAGAAACUUCUAAAGGGUUGAACCCACUUGAGGUUGACUAAUUACAUUUUUAGAUGAACUAUCCAUUUAGUUUAGGCUUUAUUCAUAUAAUCAGUGUCAAAAAAAGCUCAAAUCAAUCAAAAAAGGUCUCAUUUGCAUGGCUGAUCAGUAUCAAUAUGUAAAUAAGAGUAUAAUACACGUUAGCCAUGUAAAGUCUUAACAUUGCUACAAAAGAUGCGCGUUUGCUCGCAAAUUAUUUCAGUAAUUUAUCAAAAACAAAUUUUUUGAUAUCUUUAUGAACAUUUUGAAGCAUCAAGACAUUUUAUGCGAAUGGAGGGAUAAAAAGUGGUCAGAUUUUUUUUUUUUUAAAUCUUCAUUUGCAUUAGGGUUGUCACAAUACUGGAAUUCAGUUCCAAUCGAUACUGAAGUUUUAACAAAUGUCCAUUUCCCGCUGACAUUUAAGCAAUACUGAGCAGGUUCCUAAAUGGCACUGAUUUGCCUUGUUCAUAUGCUCAACAGAAAUGCCUGUAAUUAGCUGUGAAGCUCAUCAGUUCACCCAAUUCACCGCUGUUUACCAAGCAUAACCACAGAUAUAGGGACACUGGAGUGUUUUAAAGUCACGCCGAUCAGCUGGUUUGUCUAUAAGCUGACAUACGAGCGAUCCGCUGAUGAAUCGCUGCUUUAAAACACUUCAGUGUCCCUAUAUCUUUGGUUACACUCAGUAAACAGCGAGUGAGUUUGGUGAACUGAUAAGCUUCACGGCCAAUCACAGUCAUUUCUGUUGAGCACUUGAACACAACGGCAAAUCAGAGCUGUAUAAGAAUGUGCUCAGUAGCAUGUAAAUGUCAGCGGGAAAUGGAUGUUUUUAAAGUUUCAGUAUCGAUUGGUAUUGUAUUCCAGUAUCAUGCAACCCUAAUUUGCAUUCUGAAUGUUGAGUAGAUUAUGACGAUUUUCUUAUUGGAAUGAACAAACUCUUCAAAGGAUAUCUAGAGUUGUUUCACCUCUCUUAGUGUUAGUAUUAGUAUUACCAUAACCGUCUUCAUUUCAGACCGUGCUGGGAGUGGAAACUGAUAUUUAUAUUUGACGUGGUGGGUGGUGUUGAUAAUCCAGGUAAAGUACUAAAACAGUAUCCUAACAUAAGUCAUUACUGUUGACACACAAUCACAAAUGACUGGUGAAGUGAGCUCAUUUAGUAAAGAUAAUGCCCAGUUUUUCUUUUCCCCCGAUUUUUAUUUAUUUUUUUACCAGUCAGAGGUGACAUAUCUAGUUGUAGGAUGUUCGUGGUGUGCAGUGUUAUCAAAAUCUUUUUAUUUGAAAGGCUUUAACUUUGAAAUGCGAUCAAGGGGAAUAAGCACAUAUCUGAGGGCCAGGUUGAUGCACUUGACGGAGUCUUAAUUUUGCUGUUUAGUUUUUCCAUUAUUAAUUGAAGCACCGGGUGGUUCUGAUAGUUUUCGUUUAGUUUUUUCUCGUGCAGCCCUCAGUAUGUGCAUGUUGGGGUUUUGCAUGGUGUUCUUUUGGUACCAACCAUCCUUUUGUAUCCCUUGCCAGAUCUUCAGUUAACAAUUAGCCUGCGCUCAAUAGUUUGAAGUAGUUACGUUUUCUGUUGGUAUGGCAAGGAAUAUGUAUUUAAAUAAUGAAAUAUAUGGGCGAUUUAAAAAAAAAAAAAUAUAUAUAUAUAUAUAAAUAUAGAUAUUGUUAUAUUUGCACACACUUUGCACACAUUCAUACAAAACCAGCAUACACUUCAUUAGCAUGCACACAAACUAAGUUAAAAAACCAAGGGGAAAAUGACUUCCAUAAUCUCUGUUCCUUAUGUACGUUCAUGACUUGUUCUGGCACUUUUUAAGUUGACGCACUAAAAGCUUCAACAACAAACACACACUCGAGUUUGUUGACUGCUGUGGAUUUCAGAUUGAGGGUAUGAAAAGUUUGAAUAUUAACCUCACGCUCUUCGAAACGUACUGUGGUUUACUUUGGAACUGUGAGUGAUCGUUUCAAGUCAUUAUGGAAGCAUUUUUCCUCUACCUCCAUAACACACUGACCGAAGGGUGCUUCUCCGAGUGAAUGUGCGAGGGUUAUUUGAUUUAGGACGGGCCGGUAAACGUAGUAAGACAACGACUGACGGAUGAUGUAGGGAAACGAUGCAAAGCUUAAAUCUCUGUCUAGCAUCCGUUUUUAACAGAGCAGCAUCCUGUGUUUGGUAGAUUGGUGUUUUGGUUGACUGAUAUCUAGAAUAUUUUUCCUUCUAUAAAUGUCAAUCCGAUACGAUUCCCGACAAACCGAAUGGAGGUUUCCAUGCUUAAAGGGAUAGUUCAGCCGAAAAUGAAAAUUCUGUCAUCGUUUGGUUGAAUUUUUCUGUUGAACACAAAGAACGAUAUGAUGAAAAAAACAGCCGUUGACUUUUUCUGUAUGUUCUUAUUAUUGAUGUCAGUUGCUGCUUUUUUUCACCAGCAUUCUUCCGAAUAUAUUGUUUUGUGUUCAACAGAAAAAGAUUUAAAACUACUCUAGUAAAUGCCGAGGAAAUCUUCACUUUGGGGUGAACUAUUUCUUUUAGAACUUGAGUUGAACUCUUCAAAAAUACCUCUGAUGUGCUUUGACAUUAGUAUUCAAGUUGAAUUUCAUACUGUGUGACAUUUGCAGGAUUAAGAAUGCUGCAUUUCAGAUAUUUCCGGAGAAUAUGUUGGAAAAGGAGGGGAAAGCUAUGCUUAUACAAUAUAUAUCUAAUGGUCUACAAGACCACCAGGUGGAUUCGUACGUCAAUCAAAAAGAAAAGAAAUAAUCUCUUAAUGGAAAUGCACUCCUAUUCACAAAAGUGCCAAUCAGACCAACAAAGACAAGAGGCUGAUGCGUAUCAAUCUGUCUUUGAAUUAUUAUUUUUUUCCUUGUUUGUUUACUUGAAUGUGCACACAUUUUGUGCAAAACAAUUGCUGCUCUGUUUUCUUAUCUUACAAAUUAGAGGUUACAUUGUCCGCCAGCGUUCGUGAUGGUCUAUUUGUACACCAAAUUGGUAAACUCAAAGGUAUAAAAGAUUCAAAUCCAUCAUUUAUUGUGCUGGAUUGAUAAUACUUUUAACCAAGGCCAAUGUUGAAAUACUGUCUCAGUUUGUACUGUUUGCUUAGCUUGAGUUCAUUUUGGACAUCGUUGUUUUUGGCGUAGAGGAUUCUAACGAUUGAAGGAGAGAAACUAUUUUCUUGAGUGUUUUGUUUAUGAGCUCAAUUUAGCUGACCAUGUAGACCCAAGCUUUGUUGUUUCGAGUCCCAACUUUUCCUCCUGUAACCAAACCAAUUGUAGCACAGCGAAUCCAAAUCAGUUUAGGCCUCUUUUUGCAGACAUUCUGUUCUCAUUUAAGAACAUUGCUUUUUAAAAAAAGAAAAAAGAAAACAAACAAAUCUGAGUGUCAUACGAUCUGUGUAUCUUGCAUUUAAAGCAGAAAUUUGAACGGUUAUAUUGUUAUAUUGGCACAAUUUAAAAAGUUGCAGUCUUGGCACUGUUCUUUACUCCUUAACUUCUGAGAAGUGCAGAAAACAAUAAAGAAAUAUUUAAGAAAAGGCCACAAAUAAGUGAAAUUGGGUCUUUAUGGUCUUCCGUCCUAGAUCUUGUAGAUGUUGACAUUUUUGAGAC